AUGACGUCAACCGGUGGGAGAGUGUGUUCGCAAUUAAACGAUAGUCGUGGUCCGUAUGCCUUUCGCUUGAAUGGACACAACCAUCAUAGAAUUGGCACUCUGCUUCCAACUCAUGAUGAUGGUCGGCCUAGAUUUGCCCAAUUAUAUAUUUAUGACACGGCACAUGAAAUUGAUAAUCGCUUUUAUGCUUUAAGAAACUGUGUUCCAUCAUCUUCCGAUGAAUCCAUUUUUCGAUCGUUGGUGGUUGACUUGCUGGCCAUGCUUGAUGAAAAUAAUGCAUUAGUACAAGCGUUUAGGAUGGCUAGGGAGAGGUUUGAUGAUUCGUCUAGGCAACCAGUUACACUUCUCUUGCUUGGCACACGAAAUACACAGGCUCGUCAAUAUAACUUACCUACAGCUUCCGAAGUAGCUGCAUUAAUUCCAAGUGAUGGUAAUCCGACCGACUCGCGUGACGUCCUUAUUCAAGAGCGAGAUACUUACACUACAAAACGCAUUUCGGAGUUGCACCCAAGUUACAUGUCUUUGCAAUAUCCAUUGCUCUUUCCUUAUGGGGAGGAUGGGUACCAUCCAAAUAUUCCCUUAUCACAUAAUACAUCAGCAAGGAGGAAAAACAUAUCUUUAAGGGAAUACUACCGGUAUCGUUUACAUGUUAGGGGUACUGAAGCUAGAACAUUGCACUUAUCUGGCCGUUUGUUUCAAACGUAUGUCGUUGAUGCUUAUAGUGCUGUUCUGGAGAGCGAAUUAAACUGGUAUAGGCGAAACCAAACCACGAUUCGUUCAGAUCUAUAUAACGGAUUGUAUGAUCAUGUAUUUAAUGGAGAAACAAGGUGUGACUUAGUUGGACGCAGGGUUAUCCUACCAGCGUCAUUUACCGGGGGGCCAAGGUAUAUGCUACAACAAUAUCAAGAUGCAAUGGCGAUUUGCCGUUGGGCUGGGGCACCAGAUCUGUUUAUUACUAUGACUUGCAACCCGAGAUGGCCUGAAAUUGAACGUCACAUUAGUGAUACCACACCUGGGCAGACAGCAUCAGAUAGACCAGACAUUCUUGCACGUGUUUUUAAAAUUCGACUUGAUGAGCUCAUCAAAGAUAUAAAGAAAAAAAAUCAUUUCGGCAGGACGAGGGCCGUUAUUUACACAAUUGAAUUCCAAAAACGUGGACUUCCGCAUUGUCACGCAUUGGUUUUUCUAGAACCUGCAGAUAAGAUUGGUACAACGGAAGGUAUUGAUAGAUAUAUAUCCGCUGAACUUCCUUCUGAAUUACAUGACCCAGCUGCUUUUGCGGUUGUUAGUAAGCAAAUGAUGCAUGGACCAUGUGGUGAACUAAAUCCAUCCAGCCCUUGUAUGCAUAAUCAGAAAUGUUCAAAAGGGUAUCCAAAGAACUAUUGUGGUCAAACGUUUAUAAGAAAUGAUGGGUGGCCAUGUUAUAAAAGGCCGAACAAUUCAAGAAAUGUCAGGGUUGGUAGUCAAGAUAUUAGGCUUGAUAAUCAAUUUGUGGUUCCUUAUAACCGUGACCUACUUGUCAAAUAUGGUUGCCAUAUAAAGGUUGAGUGGUGUAACCAGGGUAUGUUGGUUAAGUACUUAUUUACGUAUCUUAACAAAGGACCGGAUCGUGCUACUGCUGUCUUGGAAGGUCCGAACAGUAGAACGACAUUUGCUUCAUUGUUACAAAAUGAAAAUGAAAUUGAAGAAUAUAUCAAUUGUCGUUACAUUUCAGCGAUAGAAGCGUGUUGGAAGCUGUUUUCAUUUGACAUGGAUUACCGGUCAGUUGCGGUUGAAAGACUACAAUUUCAUGAAGAAGGUUGCAAUAGAGUCUACUUCCGUGACGAUGAUGAUGUUGCUGAUGUAGCCCAAAGAACAACAUCUGCCCUUUCCAAGUUCACUGCAUGGAUGGAGGCAAAUCAUGAACACCCAGAGGGUCGAAAUUUAACUUACGUUGAGUACCCAACUAAAUACACGUGGCAUGAAAAGGAUAAAAAAUGGAUGCCGAGGUAUGGUGCUACUACUAUUGGUCGCAUUUAUCAUGUGAAUCCUUCUAUGGGUGAGAAGUAUUAUCUCCGUUUGUUAUUAAAUGUUGUUCGGGGUCCACGUAGCUUCAAAGAAAUUCGUACGGUUGACGGUGUCGAGUAUCCAACAUAUAUGUCAGCUUGUAAAGCAUUAAGUUUACUUGGAGACGAUGUUGAGUGGGUAGAGGCUAUACGUGAAGCCUACCAGUGGAAGCUAGGGGACCAAUUGCGUGAGUUGUUUGUGACAAUUCUCUUAUUCUGCACUGUUAGUGAUCUGUCGAAGUUAUUUUAUGAUUGUCUGGAAUACUUAUCUGAAGAUGUUGCUUACAAACAAAGAACACUUCUAGGUAACCAACUUGUGGUGUUCAUGGACGAGGAGAUACUUAACUACACGUUGGUCGAGAUAAAUUCUAUUUUGAACAAUCACAAUAAAUCGUUGGCUGACUUUCCAGCUCUACCUCAGCUUGAUCCUCAUUUAACAGAUGUUGGUUCCAAUGAUUUGAUUAUUGCUGAGAAACAAUAUAACGUGCAAGAGGAAACUGUGAAGUUCAAUGAGCUACAUAGGGGGUUGAAUGCUAUGCAAAGCGGAGGGACAGGUAAAACGUACUUGUGGAGAACACUUAUUGCUUGCCUUCGUGCACGUAGGCAAAUUGUAUUGUCCGUUGCAUCCUCCGGAAUUGCAUCUAUGCUAUUACCCGGGGGUCGUACUGCACAUUCAAGGUUUCGCAUUCCUAUAGAUAUUCAAAAUGAUUCAUGUUGUUCGAUCGACUAUGGCAGUAACCUUGCCCAGUUAAUCAACGCUGCUGAUCUAAUAAUUUGGGACGAAGCACCUUUACAACACAGGUAUGGAUUCGAGGCUGUCGACCGAACCUUUAGAGAUAUUUGUCGUGAUAACAUGGUUGACGCUCAACAUCGAGUGUUUGGGGGAAAGGUCGUGGUUCUUGGAGGCGAUUUUUGUCAAAUUUUACCGGUUGUUCCGCAUGCACCCCGUAGUCAGAUUGUUGCGUCUGUUGUUAACAAGUCAGAAACAAUAUGGAAUGCCUGUAAGGUAUUUCAUUUGACGACUAAUAUGCGCUUACACAAUCCAGCUAUCAGUAGUGAUUCGCGCGAAAGAAUGAAAACGUUCAGCAAUUGGAUCUUGGCCAUGGGGGCCGGUCGCCUUCCUUCAAUUUCAUUGGUAGGGGAAGAUGAAGCCACGUGGAUCAAAAUACCUAACGAUCUUUUAAUCCCGGUUUGUGACAAUCCGAUUGGGGCAGUGGUUUCCAAUACCUUUCCUGAUAUUAUAGACAGAUUCAAUGACAUUCACUAUUUAAAAGAACGCUGCAUUUUGUGCCCAACGAAUGAUGAGGUUGAUAAGAUCAACCUUCACGUCCUUGAAAAAAUGCCAGGUGAAAUUCAAGAAUUGUUAAGUGCUGAUGAAAUAUGCCAAAGCACAAACAACUACGAUGAUAUGUUACAGUUAAAGAUCGGUGCACCAAUUAUCUUGAUGCGUAACUUAAAUUUGCAAAAGGGGUUGUGUAAUGGUACACGGUUGGUGGUUACGCAGAUAAGUCGGCGUGUUAUUGAGGCAAUAAUUAUUACUGAUGUUUUUGGUGCACUACGCGCAUGGGGUCCUAUUACCACUGAAUUUGCAACCGUUCAAUCAUGUAAUCGGGAGAUGCGUCACAUAGUUUUAUCUGAUGAGCGUGGCAACAAACUUCGUGUUACGUUAUGGGGCAAAGCUGCACUCAAGUUUACUAACGAGGCCAUCCGCAGUUAUGGAAAUAAUCAAAUUUUGCAAACAAUUAGUCUACUUGUAUAUAAUGACUUUAUUUAUGUUAACAGUGAGGUGCCGCCUGUUACUUUCACAGUGGAUGAACAAAGCAACGAGGACAUGAGCGUUGUUAGUCUCCUUGACAUCUCUAAUUAUAUAAAAGAAGGUCUUCCUAAGGGAAAAAUGUACAAUGUCGAAGGCACAAUAAUUGGUGUUGAUUUGAAGGAGGAUUGGAAUUAUAAACUAGCUGUUGAAUUAUGGAACGAAGGAAAAGAGAUUACAUGUGUUCUCUUUGACGAUGCUGCAAAUCUUCUUCUUGGACUUACGGCUGAACAAUUGAUUGUAAAGAGCUUAUCAGAGGGUCCUGAUGAUCCGUGUUGGAUAUAUGAAUUUUUGAUGGAUACUUUAUGUGCUCAGCAUGUAAUCUUUAGGAUUAAAGUUGAUGAAUACAAUUUGGCACCUACUUAUAGUCCACGCUUCACCGUAUCAAAAUACUUGGGUGACGAAAUCAAUAACCUUGCUACCACUACACUUCCUUCAACAUGUCCUUCUGCUGAUGUUCUUCAUGACGAAACUACCGAGUAUUUAGCUCGGAUCAAUGAUGACGAAUGGGACAUGGUACACGAGUCAUUAUGGGGACCGCGUGUUUCGCCGACACAAUCUAAAACGUCAACGUCAUCGGUGAUUGUUGAUAUGGAACAUGAGGUUGAUUGUGACAUUUCUAAGUCUCCCCCAACAAACGAUGCCAAAAGUACACCAAACUUGUCAGAUGCGGACCAGACAACGAAUCAGCAAGAAGAAACUACGUCAUCGGUGGUUGAUAAUGUGGAACGUGAGGUCGACACUGACAUUUCUAAAUGUCCCGCAGUAGAUGAUGCUAGAUGCACACCAAAUUCAUCAUAUGUCCACACUGCAGCAAGUCAACAAGAAUCGGUGGUUGUUGAUGUGAACCACCAGGUUGCCUCAGUAGACGAUGCAAAAAAUACACCAACUUUGACAAAUGGGCACCAUGCAUCAAGUCAACAAGUCGAAAAAAGGCCAUCUUUGAGGUUAAAGAGGACGAUCCAAAAGCCGAAAAAAUUGAGGGAGUAA